AUGUUGGGUCUAAGAAACUCUGUGACUGCUUUGAGAGCCGCUUCGCAAGCGAGAUUGCUCUCCUGCUCGUCCGUGGCCGCUAAGUCGACCUACAGAACACCAGACUUCAGCGACUACUUGAAGGAGAAGAACGACAGCAACAAGGGCCGGUCGUACGCAUACUUCAUGGUUGGGUCGCUGGGCUUGUUGUCGUCUGCUGGUGCGAAGUCUACCGUGGACACGUUUAUCAGCUCGAUGUCCGCGUCUGCCGAUGUGCUUGCCAUGGCCAAGGUUGAGGUGAACCUAGCCUCCAUUCCCGAGGGUAAGAACGUGGUUGUCAAGUGGCAAGGUAAGCCUGUGUUCAUUCGUCACAGAACAGCAUCAGAAAUCGACGAGGCUAACGGUGUGCAAAUGUCCUCUUUGAAGGACCCACAGACCGAUGCGGACAGAGUGAAGAAGCCUGAGUGGCUGGUGAUGCUGGGUAUUUGCACUCACUUGGGUUGUGUGCCUAUUGGCGAGGCCGGUGACUUUGGUGGCUGGUUCUGCCCAUGCCACGGUUCCCACUACGAUAUUUCCGGUAGAAUCAGAAGAGGCCCAGCCCCAUUGAACCUGGAGAUUCCAGCUUACGACUUCGAUGGUGAAAAGUUGAUUAUCGGUUAA